UGUCAUCCACUUGCGUGAACGCUGCUGCUGAGUGCUGGUUGACAGUCUCGGGCGACACGAGGGAAACGAGACAGCGGGGUUGUUUUUUUUCUUCUUUUUCUUCUUCUUCUUCUUCUUCUCCUUCUCCUUUUUUUUGUUGUUGUUGUUGCUAAAGGCGUAUCCCCGGUGGAUGCCACCAUGAAGCAGAAAACAUAAGUUGAGCAUUCAUAAGGACGUCGCCACUUGUACUUUACUGAAGAUAUUCAUCAGUGGGAUGAGGAACUGAAGUCUUGGGGAGUUUGUGCCAACAUGUCUAAACCAAUGGAUCACGUCAAACGCCCGAUGAACGCUUUCAUGGUUUGGUCCAGAGCCCAGCGCAGAAAAAUGGCUCAGGAGAACCCGAAAAUGCACAACUCCGAGAUCAGCAAGAGAUUAGGAGCCGAGUGGAAACUUCUCACGGAGUCCGAGAAGAGGCCGUUCAUCGACGAAGCCAAACGACUGCGAGCGAUGCACAUGAAGGAACACCCCGACUAUAAAUACAGACCGAGGCGGAAGCCCAAGACUCUGAUGAAAAAAGAUAAGUUUUCUUUCCCCGUGCCCUAUAAUCUCGGGGAGCACGACGCACUCAAAGUCAAUGGGCUUUCCGUGGGAUCACUUUCCGAGUCCAUCAUCGGACACCACGACAAGGCGGCGGCGGCUGCGGCGGCCGCGGCUGCGAGGGUGUUCUUCAACCCGGCCAUGUCGAACCCCUAUUCCUUUUUCGACCUGGGAUCCAAGAUGACUGAGCUUUCCCCGCAUUCGUUUCCGUACGCGUCUCCGUUGGGCUACCCGCCGGGUGGCUCCGCGGCUUUCACCGGGACCGGCGGUGGGACGCACGGCCACACUCACUCACACCCGUCCCCUGGAAACCCGGGCUACGUAAUCCCUUGUAACUGUACGGGCUGGCCCUCCGCAGGACUCCAGCCGCCCUUAGCAUACAUCCUGCUCCCCGGGAUGGGAAAACCUCAACUUGAACCGUACCCUGCAUAUGCGGCGGCGUUAUGAUAGGCCCGCUUUGGACUUCUAAAAAAUGAGAAAUGUGAAAACUAAAACAAACAAACAAAAAGAAGAAGAAGAAGAAUAAGAAAAGAAAAGAAAAACACUAUUCAUGCAAGAGUUUUAUUAUGCAUGCACAAACUUGUACAUGUGAUGAAGUGCUCGUCGUCUCAGAUAUCACAUGUGUAUGUAUAUUGAUUAAUGCCUUUAUCUAAGGUACUGCUUAUUUAGAGAACUCUCUAAUCUAUUCUUACCCAGCCAUCACCUCUCACAGCCCGGAGGGACAGGACUAAAGGAUGGCAAAAAAAAAAUGCACACAUUUGAGGGGGAAGUGUAUCAGAGCAUUUUGUGAAGAAAAAAAACCCCAUUUUGAAAGGUACACUCUUCGAUUUCUAUUUUUUUGCAAGUUGCACCUGCUUAGACUAACCUGUUGGAAUCAAGGGCAGCAUAUACCACGGUCACGUUAAUCACAGGAUUUCCUCCCAGAUAAGUUUGUAGGCUAAUGGGCUGUAAUUCAGGGGUCAAGGAGGAUUUGUCACAACAGUUCUCGCCUCUUGAACGACUGUAAAUGUGUACAGAUAAAAACGACUCUAGUUUAUUUGCCGUUAUAGGCUUAGUGUUUGAGAUAGGGCCAGGAACCUACGCAUUUCACUAGAAAUGCCAUGUAUAUUCUGAGUUUUUAAACCGUUUUAUAGAUGUCUGUAAUAUUUAUUGUUUAGUGGAAUCUAUGGUGACCCAGACAAUUUUAAAAAGGACAAGACUAGUUCUGUAAUUUUUUUUUGCACAUGAAACGUAGAGGAUGUAAUUUAUUUUGAAAAGGAUAUUCAAGUUCAGUGGGUUUGAGUCAUCAUACCUUAUUCUUUUCCCUCUCCCCUCUAAACGGUGAAACAGUUCCAAUUUAGAUGCAGGUGGAAGUUUAUUCGUGGGGUUUAUCAUGUCUCGAGCCCCCACCCUCCCACUCCUCGUAUCAUGUGCAGCAGCAGAAGAAAAAAAACGUUUUUAACUAACUCUUAUGGAAUUUGUAUGUUUUGUGUUUUCUUUAACCUCCGUUAUGUACUUCAACCUAUUGCUACUGUUCACAUGUUGAGCAAAGGACUACAAUAAAGCGUAUUCGGAUUAAACG